AUGAAGGUGUUCGUUUGCCUGUUUCUGUGUGUGAGCCUAACCCAAGCCGGCUUCAUCGGCGGUGGCUACUCCGGCGGCGGUGGCGGCGGUGGCGGCGGUGGCGGCGGUGGCUACUUCGGCGGCGGCGGCUACUCCGUCGGCGGUGGUGGCUUCUCUGGUGGUGCACCCACCAUUGUUAAGGUGAUCCAUGAGGAGGCACAUGGCCAUGUCCAUGGUGGCUUCGAUCAUGGACAUGUCCAUGGUGGCUUCGAUCAUGGUGCCGGCGGCGAAGUCAAGGUCAUCAAGGUCAUUCAGGAAGGCGGCUUCAGUCACGGCAUCGAUCACGGUCACGGUCACGGUCACAGUCACGGCGGCGAUGUGAACAUCGUGAAGGUGAUCCACGAAGGUGGCGGCGCCAUUGAGCACGGCCAUGGCGGACACUAUGUAGCCGACCAUGGACACCACGUCCAGGAUGUGAAAGUUGUGACCGUGCUGGGCGAAGGCGGCUAUGGCGGCGGCGAGGUAUUCGUUUGUCUGCUCGCUGUGUGCAGCAUGGCCCAUGCGGGCUUCCUUGGCGGCGGCAGUGCCCUUAGCUCCGGUGGCGGUGGCGGCGGCGGCGGCUACGGCGGUGGCUACGGCGGUGGCCAUGGCGGUGGCUAUGGCGGUGGCGGUCAUGGCGGUGGCUAUGGCGGCGGCUAUGGCGGUGGUCAUGGAGGCGGCGGCGGCGGCGGUGUUAAAAUCAUCAAGGUCAUCUCUGAUGGUGGUGCCGGCGGCGGUGGCGGCUAUGGCGGCGGCUAUGGUGGCGGCUAUGGCGGCGGCUACGGUGGCGGCCAUGGCGGUGGCUUUGGAGGCGGCUAUGGCGGCGGUGCCAGCACUGUUAAGAUUGUCAAGGUCAUCUCCGAAGGCGGUGCCGGCGGCGGUGGCGGCUAUGGCGGCGGCUACGGCGGCGGCUAUGGCGGCGGCCAUGGUGGC